AUGGCGACAUCAGAUAGCAAGGUUCUUGGUGUUGUCAUUCUUAUCCGUCACGGAGAUAGACAAGGUUUUUAUCAAGAUCCAAUUGAUUAUAGUUCUUCCAACACUGGCAUUACUGCUCUCGGAAAUUUGCAAUCAUUUGAACUCGGUGAACUGAUUAGGAGCAUAUACCUUAGUCCCUCCUCGCCUUCGUUUAUCUCAUCGAUCGACCCAGAUCUAGUUCAAGAUUCCCAGAUCCACAUUCGCGCGGAUGGUGGAGGUGAACGUGGUGUCAUUUUCAAUUCUGCGGUGUCUCUCCUUCAGGGUCUCUUCCCUCCGACUCCAAAUUACAACAGUACUCUCGCAAAUGGUACAGUUGUUGUGGCACCUUUGGGUGGGUAUCAAACCGUGCCAAUUGAGUCUGUCGAGCCUGAUAAUGACAUUUCUUUGGAGGGAUGGGCCGAUUGCGGAACGUUCAUAGAAGCCACGAACGCAUUUUACAACUCCCCUAUAUUUAAAGAAACCGAGGCAGCCUAUGCUAAUUUCAUAAAAUCACUUCCACAAUAUUUGGACAACAGACCCGCGACCUUGACGGAUAUAGUUCGUAUCUUCGACUUCAUUAAUGUUCAACUUAUCCACAAUAGUACUUUUGCCAAGCAACUUCCGGAGGGGUUACUCGAACAGGUUAGAGCCCUUGCAAAUUUUCACGAACAAGGUGUUUUCACCUCUCCUCAACUAAAUGGUAUUGGGAAUAUUGCGGGCCAAACUAUCCUUCCCUCCAUCAUCGAUGGCUUCAAAAAUAUCAUAAAUCCAACCAGCCCUCUCAAAUUUGUGCUCGAGGCUAUUUCAUAUAAACCAUUUCUUUCUCUCUUUAACAUGACUGGAAUUGCCCGGCAAAAUCCUCAGAUCGCAGGAAUUGUGGAUUACGCUUCCGCGGCUGCAUUCGAGGUCAGGCAACCAACCGAAGGGGGUGAACCUGUCAUUCGAUUCAAAUUCAAAAACGGCACCAACGACCAGUUUAAUACAUAUGUUUUCAUGAAUGCUACCACUGAUGUUCCUGUCUCUACUUUCAUCAACACCAUGCAGUCCGUUGCAUUGUCUGACAUUCCUACUUGGUGCACCGUAUGCAAUAACCAUCAGGAUAGAGGUUGCGCAAAUUACGUAGCCGUUGCAAAUGCUAGCAGCUCCUCCAUCACCCAUCGCGACCCUGUCAAUCCUGUCGCCGCUGGCUUUAUCGGGGCAACAGUCAGUCUAACGCUUAUGCUAAUCUUCUUGACUCUACUUUCUUUCUUUGGCCUGCUGAAUUUCGGCAAACAUAAAAGUUCGAAGCUCCUCAAGUCCACCGUAAGCAAAUAA